UCAAAACGUUAGUUCGGAACGCGGCGCAGCUGAGAUUGACAGCUCGCAUUGACGUACGCGCGAAUUUGUUUAGUGCGAAAUGUCAUCCAUUAAAAUUAACGAAAAAUGCCAAAACGAUACAAAAUUGAACGGUUUGAGUGCAUUUUCAGAUAAAAGUUUAGCUCCAAUCAAUGGUAGAUAUAGGUCGAAGAGUUUGUCUAGUGAUAAGUUGAACCAGACGAAUGCUGAUAGGGCAGCGAUCCUGGAGGAUGUUGAGGCCCACCACAUAGCAGAACAGUCGGAAACUCCUGGGUGUUUAGUGCAAAAUAGGAUAAUGGAGCAAGGAUCGCAGACUAAGAUGAAUGGUUUCAAAGAUGGCAAAGCGACAUACGGCACAGACAGCCCGGCGAAAGGCAGGCGGGUCAUCUUCUGCGUCCACGGAAACCCCUCGACCGGGUGUUGCGCCGUCAUCGAGACCAGCGCGGAUGGAGACGACCCUGACAGACAGAAUGGCAGCAUCUCGGAAGUCGAAAGGCAUUGUCACAGAUCGAGAAAUGAAGAAAUAGACAAGAGAGCGCGUAGAAAAUUAAUCAUAGCCAGUGUAUUAUGUGUAAUAUUUAUGAUAGGAGAAAUUGUAGGUGGUUACAUAUCGAACAGUCUUGCGAUAGCUACAGACGCCGCGCAUCUACUCACAGACUUCGCUAGCUUUAUGAUCUCGCUGUUCUCACUAUGGGUGGCUAGCAGGCCUGCCACUAGAAGGAUGUCCUUCGGCUGGUACCGAGCGGAGGUGAUCGGCGCUCUGACGUCAGUGCUUCUUAUCUGGGUCGUGACGGGUGUGCUGGUUUACAUGGCGGUGCAGCGCGUCAUCUACAAGCAGUUCGAGAUCGACGCCACCGUCAUGCUCAUCACGUCCGCUGUGGGCGUAGCUGUGAACCUCGUCAUGGGGCUGACGCUGCACCAGCACGGGCACAGCCACGGCGGCGGCCACGGGCACUCGCACGGCGGCAGCAACCCCGUGCUCAACAAUAAGAAGGACCGUUCGGGCGACUCGGACGCGGAGAGUUCCACGUCGCAUGCGCACGAACACGGAGAGAACAUCAACGUGCGCGCCGCCUUCAUACACGUGCUCGGGGACUUCUUGCAGAGCUUCGGCGUGCUUAUCGCCGCCAUUGUUAUUUACUUCAAGCCGGAGUGGAACCUGGUGGACCCGAUCUGCACGUUCCUAUUCUCUGUGCUGGUGCUCAUCACCACUUUCAACAUCAUCAAGGACACGCUGCUCGUGCUCAUGGAGGGAUCGCCGAGGGGCAUCGACUUCCAGGACGUAGCCAACACUUUCCUUUCUCUGCCGGGAGUCGUCCGCAUCCACAAUCUACGUAUGUGGGCGCUAUCGCUGGACAAAACCGCGCUUUCCGCCCACCUCGCCAUACGCAACGGCGUGAGCCCUCAGAAGGUUCUAGAACAAGCCACGAGACUGGUUCACGAGAAGUACAACUUCUUCGAGAUGACGCUCCAAAUCGAAGAGUUCAGCGACGGUAUGGAGGCAUGCAGCCAGUGCAAGAUGCCUCAGGCGUGAGGCACUCCUCAACUUUGCCGGAUUAUACCACCUCAUGUUAAGGUAAAAUCAACUUUACACUUUAAGCAUACGGUCCAUUCUCUAUUACAGUCGAAAUGAUAGACGAAAUGGUUUUACACAAAUGUGCGGAUUUUGCGGAAUAGCUGAAUUUGAUGUUUAAGAUUUAUUGUUAUAAAUAUUAUGAUGAUAUACACAGGAAUGUUAGGGAAGUUAUUAUUAUGCUGUUGUCUGUAUAAACAUGGAUUUUACAGAGUAUUUAAAUAAUUCGAUAUUAAGGGAUUAUUAUAACUAUAAUUAUUAUAAUAAUGUUUACAGCCGUGUUCGGGGAGUUCUUACUAUUUUUAUAUAUGUAAUAUUUAAAAUAUUAUGUAUUUUUGUCUACUUUAUGUAAUCGUAUUGUAAAAUACUACUAUUGGUAUACAGAGUGUUAAGUAAAUGGGU